AUGGAUGAAGGAGAUAACAUUCUCGAUGUUAUAUACGAUGAGGAUAAUUUAGAUGAUGAUGAUGAUGUUGACAUGGUUGAUGUUGAAGAAGGAGAGUUGGUGGAGCCCGAUUCGAAUAAUGUUGUGGGACAAAGUAGUGCUGGAGAUGUCAUUGAGGCAAAACAUGAAUCUCAUGGUGAGAACUCGAAGUGUGGAGCUAGCAAGAAGAAGAGGAAGAGGAACAAGAAAAAGAGAAAGGGUUUGGGAUCUAAAGUCAUUAAUAUAGACAGAUUUGUGUCAGAUAUCUGUUAUCGUCUGAAAGAGAAAAAGAGAUAUAUGGUAUACAUUGCUGCAGGUUGUCUUGGAAUCUCUGCACUGAGUGAUAUCGUCAAAGAGGUUGAUGCGAUACAAACCUGUGGAGGCCAAAAGACUGCUGAUGGUAGACGAUUCCGGACUGGGGGUGGCAUAUUGUGGAACAUCAUAAAAGUUCGGGAACCAAAUGCCUACAAAGAGAUAAUGAAAAAAACUAAAGAGGCUGAGAAGCAAUUCGGGCAGCCAAUUUUUAAGCAACUUAAUGUGCCAAAGCAAGAGGAUUCGUCUCAAGGAGUGGCCUUUUCAUUUGCUGGCAGUGAUCAGGGAAAUGUUUCCAACAGUGCAUGUCAUGCAUCAGAAGUACAAAAUCAACAUGAACCAGUUACUCCCAAAGAAAAGUCUAUAUCUGUUCAUGAUAGGUUAAGGAUACCUGUUUCCUACGACGAUGAUCUUCUUGGAGAGAAUCCAGUCAAUCACGCAACCUGA